AUGUCGCUCGCACGCACGAUCAACUACAUCCGAAAGGAGGGCAUCAAGAAGUUUUGGCGCGACCUUAACUACAUCGGUGACGCCAAGUCCGGCCGUCUCGUCGGAAUCGACAGGAAUGGCAACAAGUUCUACGAGAACCACGACGAGUUCCCGCUGAGGCACCGAUGGGUCGACUAUGCGGCAGACAACGAGUUUAACGCUUCGCAGGUCGACCCGCUCUGGCACUCGUGGCUGCACCACAUCCGCCAGAAGCCGCCGCAUGAGGACGCAGGCAUCCAAAAGAUGACCCAGGCCUGGAUGACUCCUCCUCGCGAGAACAUCACUGGCACACGCGGUGGCUUCAAGACGUACAACACCACCAAGCCAAAGAUCUCCGCAUGGGAGCCCAAGGUCGCCGAGCGAGGAUAG